ACUGUUCUAAAGAGACGAUGUAUCAGAAACUCUUUGCUUUGGUACUUGUCUAUUAUGUCGCUGAAAUGUCCAUGUCAUCUCAACUGCAAAGUCAGAGAGAGGACGUGAUGGGGACGUACUUUCUUUUGAACAGGUAUCAGUGUGAAAGACUUUGUUGGUACCGGAAACUGUGUAAGACCUACUCUUACAUCUACAACAGGACCCUGGCCACUGGUGGUAACUGUGUUCUACAUGCUUACAAUAUCACAUCAGACACUACAAGUGGAGUGGCUGAUGACUGGUUUGAAAGGAGCGCUGACUGGGACAACACACUCCAAAGCAAUGGAUGUCGAAACCGCCCCUGCGAUGAUACUCAGGUGUGCGUGCCCACCUUUGCAUUUCCAUUCUACAAGUGUCUGCCUUUUGCUGCAGAAUGCCAAGCGCCCUCUCGAGAUGACGGCGUCUACAGCGAUGUGACACUAGUUCAGGGUGAAAGGACAAACUUCACGUGCAACUCGUCUCUGGUAUGGGUUCCACGCCACGCUGACAAGACGGUCACGUGUCAAGUCAACAGCAAGUGCAGUGAGCUGCAAGGAACGUGUAAAAACGCCACCUACUACUCACCGGCUGUUCCAUUUAACGAGCCAUUGCCAGAUAUCGUCGAAGAAGGAUGGGAGGCCUGCAUCAAGGGCAAAUACCUCGGGCCUCACAGGAUGAACUUCAACUUCCAUGACAGUCAAAAUGGCUCAUGUGACAACCACGGUUAUGGGAGAAUCUACCUUGAUCUUGAUUUCUCUACGGAGUUCAGUGGCCGUAGAAAUGCAGUCUCUGCCUUCACAGCCACUUGCAGCCCAAGUAACUGGUCCGGAGCAAAUAAAAUAGGAGAUCUUCCACUAAACUGCAGCGAAUACUUUGACAUUACUCUCAGGAUUCUCGUCAACAGUACAAUGGCGAUUAUGUACAAAAAUCACACGCCCCAUCAUUUCGAUCUCCUAUCAAACAAUAUAACCCUGAAAGGUGCCACCUACCUGGAGGUCAUAAACGACGUUCAACUUUCCUACGUGGAUCUUGGCAAAGGUUGUGACUAA